AGGAAGGUUUUGACAGUGGAUGCCCGGAACCAUGGAGACAGCCCACACAGCCCUGAUUGCAGCUAUGAGGCCAUGAGCGCUGACCUGCAGGCCCUUCUGCCCCAGCUUAGCCUGGUCCCCUGUGUCCUCAUCGGACACAGCAUGGGGGGUAAGACGGCCAUGAUACUGGCAGUGCAGAGGCCAGAGCUGGUGGAACGUCUGGUCCUGGUGGACAUCAGCCCAAUACCAACCACAGCUGACUUAAACUUCCACACCUACAUGACAGCCAUGAAGGCUGUGCACAUCCCCAAGGACCUGCCCCUCUCUCGGGCCCGAAAAAUGGCAGAUGAGCAGCUCAGUCCUGUCAUUAAGGCUAUCAGUGUGAGGCAGUUCCUCCUCACCAAUCUGGUAGAAUCCAAUGGGCAGUUCGUGUGGAGAAUCAACCUUGAAGGCCUGAUCCAGCAGCUGGACAAGAUCAAGGAUUUCCCUCUGCUCCAGGGUUCCUACUCUGGCCCCACACUCUUCCUCAGUGGUGCUGAAUCUGAUUUUAUCCAGCCAAGUCACCACCCUGAGAUCAAGCGUCUGUUCCCUCAAGCUCAGAUCCUGUCUGUCCCAGGGGCUGGCCACUGGCUUCAUGCUGAUCAGCCCCAAAGCUUUAUGGCCAGUAUUAAAGACUUCCUGUCCUUGCAGUGAGCUCUUCCCUCUCUCUCCAUCCCCAGUGGCUCUCAAGCUCUCAGAAGACCCUGGGGACCAGAGGGCGCCUCCUGCUGGGGAAGAAGGAAGCCCAGGACUGUUACCUCCUAUCCACCACAACCAGUGUUUCAGACUUUAACAAAUAAAGCUAUUUCUAGCCCCAUCUGGAGGGAAAAAAGAAAGAAAUUAAGUUUUGCUAAUAUUUCAAAUAUAGAUCAACAUCUUCACUCUCCAUGUGUUUAUGUAUCAUGUGUUAAUAAUCAAAUGAUAAACACAUUAUAGUUCAAAGAGAGCAGAGUUUUGUACUAUUAAUAAGCAAAAUACAA